AGCCUAAAGCACCUGAGAGCUGGAAGAGAAUUAGUGCACAGGGAGAACAAGGAAAGGCAGUUUUGCUGGCGAGCUGCAGCCUCAGUGACGGGCUUCACAGCAAUGGCAAGAAGGAGUUCCCUGUUUAUUCGGAUUGUUGAAGGAAAGAACUUGCCAGCAAAGGAUAUCACGGGCAGCAGUGAUCCAUAUUGCAUUGUGAAGAUCGAUGAUGAGACUAUUAUCAGGACGGCAACAGUAUGGAAAACCUUGUCACCAUUCUGGGGAGAAGAAUACAAAGUACAUCUACCUUCCAAUUUCCACUCACUGUCUUUCUACAUAAUGGAUGAAGAUGCGCUCAGUCGAGAUGAUGUAAUUGGGAAAGUCUGUUUAACUCGUAACAUCCUGGCUGAAUAUCCUAAAGGAUAUAAUGGAUGGAUGAAUCUAACAGAAAUAGACCCUGAUGAGGAAGUACAAGGAGAAAUUCAUCUUAAAAUUGAAAUAUUUAGCACUGACUUAUCACGUAAAGUACGCUGUACAGUGUUUGAGGCAAGAGAUCUAGCGCGUAAAGACAGAAAUGGUGCAUCAGAUCCAUUUGUCAGAGUUCAGUACAAUGGCAAAAUACAGGAAAGCUCAGUGGUCAAAAAAUCCUGCUACCCCCGAUGGAAUGAAGUAUUUGAAUUUGAGUUAGAAGAAUCAUUUACUGAGAAGUUAAGCAUAGAAGUUUGGGACUGGGAUCUUGUCAGCAAAAAUGAUUUCCUAGGAAAGGUGGUGAUUAAUUUACACAGGCUGCAAACUGAUGUGCAGGAAGAAGGAUGGUUCAGACUGAGUCCAGGAAAGACAAAAACAAAUGCUGAUGAUGGAAAUCUUGGGUCACUUCAACUUCAAGUCCGGCUCCGGGAUGAAACUGUGCUACCAGCUGAUUACUACAAGCCUCUGAUCCAGUUGCUGUGUCAGGAAGUAAAAACAUCUUACAAGGACAAACGUGUUCAUCUAAUAAGACUGAUAGAUGAGACCACAUCUGCUGAGUGCAGACAGGAAGUUGCUACAAAUCUUGUAAAAAUUUUCUUGGGACAAGGAUUAGCAAAAGAGUUUUUGGACCUACUUUUCAGACUUGAACUGGACAAAACCAAUGAACCAAACACAAUAUUUCGAAGCAAUUCUCUGGCUUCUAAAUCAAUGGAAUCAUUUCUGAAGGUUGCAGGAACCCAGUAUUUACAUAGUGUGGUUGGACCAACAAUAAAUAGAAUCUUUGAAGAGAAAAAAUAUGUUGAACUUGAUCCAAGCAAAGUGGAAAUUAAAGAAGCAGGGUGCUCCGGCUUACACAGGAUCCAGACAGAAGGGGAAUUAAUACAGCAGAGUGCUCAGUGUCUUCAGUCAUACUUGACAGACCUCCUUAUAUCAAUAGCAAAAUCAGUAAAGCUUUGUCCUGCAACCAUACGAGCAACUUUCAGGCAACUUUACAAACGUGUGGAAGAAAGAUUUCCUGAAAAUAAACAUGUGAAUGUAAAGUUCAUUGCAGUGACAAGUUUCUUAUGUCUGCGGUUUUUUUCGCCUGCCAUAAUGUCUCCAAAGCUUUUUCAUCUUAGAGAAAAACACGCAGAUGCUCGCACGAGUCGCACUUUACUCCUCUUAGCAAAGGCUGUUCAGAAUGUAGGAAACAUGGAUGCUCCAGCAAGCAGAGCUAAGGAAUCUUGGAUGGCUCCAUUACAACCAACAAUUCAGCAAGGGGUCUCGCAGUUGAAAGAGUUCAUAAUUAAACUUAUAGAUAUCGAAGAGAAAGAAGAAUUAGAUCUACAAAAAGCAUUAAAUUUGCAAAGCCUUACAGUCAAAGAAGGGCAGCUAAUGAUUUACAGAACAAAAGGCAAAGGCUACUUAAUGGCUUCAUCUUUUAAGAAAUUCUUCCUGUCAUUAACCGUUGAUGCCUUGAGUUUUGCCAAAACUCCAUAUUCCAAGAAAAGUUCCUUCAUUCCUCUUUCAAGAGUCAGAGCCUUGGAAAAAGUAGAGGAGAAGUGCUUUGGCAAUUCAAAUGUAAUGCAAAUCAUCUACACAGAUGAAACUGGAAACUUAGAGGCAUUAUAUUUGCAGUGUAAGUGUGUCAAUGAACUAAACCAGUGGCUGUCUGCAGUGAGAAAAGUCUGUGUGAAUAACAAUGAUAUGCUGUGUUCAUAUCACCCUGGCGUAUUUAAAGGGGAGAAAUGGAGCUGCUGCCACCAAAAGGAUAAAGGAGUUGCCGGCUGUGACAAAACUCGCCAUGAAGUCACAUUACAAGAGUGGAAUGAUCUUCUGGACCCUGAAUUGGAAGCACAGCUUAUUUUCAGACAUUUAAAUGGAGUGAGAGAAUUAAUGAAAGAAAAAUAUUUGGAAGUGACAAAGCAGGAUAACAGUGACACAUCUGCCCCUGAAACAGAUCCUGAAAAGGAAGACAGCGCUGUGCAGUUGUUCCACAUCCUCCAAGAUCUCAAAGCAGCUCAUGAUUCUUUCUUAACAGAUUGCUCAAGUAUUGCAGAUCAAGAAAAGAAGUACUUACUGGAAUUGUAGAUUUCAACUGCAGCUUCUCUGUAGAAAUAAUGUUAUAAUGACAAUAUUGAGUGUAUUACUUUUGCAAAUAUUUUAUUAUAGAAUAGCACCUUAAAACUGCCAAAUAAUCUAUUGGACUAACAAAUAAAAGUAUUAUUUAACCAAAAA